GAUGAAGUGUGAGAGAGUGAGGCUGUGAAGGCAGUUGAAUGUGUUGCGAAUUCAGCUGCUGGGUCGCCAAUUCAUGGUCCCGCCCCACUCCUUGUUCCUUCUUCCUUGCUCUCCACGUCCAGCGUUACUUAUAGGUAGCCAAGAUGCCCGUGGAAGUCGAGUCUAAGGGGGUGCGGGAUCCCGCGGCCCUUGCACUGUUCAAGGGCAUCGGGCUGGAUGCUAAAACCGCUGCCAAUGCUGUUGCGAAUCCCAAGGUUACGGCUAAUCUCACCAAUGUUGUGCACGAGGCAGGUGUUGAGAAUGGCUGCGACAAGUCGGUGGGCAAUCUCCUCUACACCGUUGCCACCAAGUUUCCGGCCAACGCACUGAGCCAUCGGGCGGACUUGUGUAGAUACAUCUCCCGGAACCAGAUCAAAACCAUACCUCAGGUAGAGGCGGCACUUGGGUUCUUUGCUCUUGUAGGGCCAGAUUCAUACGAUGCCGCUGACUUCGAGAAAAAGUGCGGUGUUGGUGUGGAGGUUUCUCCAGCAGAGAUCAAAGCAGUCGUGGCAGAUGUGAUCAACGUGAACAAGGAGCUUCUGUUGGAACAGCGCUAUCGCGUCAAUGUUGGUAUACUUCUGUCACAGGUGCGGUCGAAGUUACCUUGGGCAGAUGGAAAACUGGCAAUGGAGGAAUUGCAGACGCAGAUCAAGGAUUUACUUGGAGAGAAAACUGCGGCGGAUGAUGAAAAGCUAGUGAAGAAAAAGAAGGAUGCGAAACCAAGGGUGGAGAAGCCUUCCUCUGCUGUAGCCACUGAGGUGGCUGCAACAGCUAGCGAUGCUCCAGAAGAGAAUGACCCUUAUUCCAUCUUUCCAAAGCCUGAAGACAACAUAUCCGUACAUACAGAGGUCUUCAUGAGUGAUGGUUCCAUCAUGCGACUACACAAUCCUCGGGCCAGGCUGGAGAAACAUCUGAAGGAGACCGGUGGCAAGUUUGUCACUCGAUUUCCUCCAGAACCAAAUGGAUACUUACACAUUGGUCAUGCCAAGGCCAUGUUUGUGGAUUUUGGGCUAGCAAAGGAAACUGGCGGAAAUUGCUACCUGAGAUUUGACGACACUAAUCCAGAGGCCGAGAAGCAGGAGUAUAUUGAUCACAUUCACGAGAUUGUGAAUUGGAUGGGAUGGAAACCUUUUAAGGUUACGUACAGUAGUGACUACUUUACUCAGCUCUACGAAUUGGCCGUGGAAUUGAUUAAAAGAGAUCGCGCAUACGUCGACCACCAGACAGGAGAUGAAGUUAAGUUAUAUCGCUCAGAGAAGAGAGAGAGUCCAUGGAGAAAUAGGCCUAUUGAAGAGUCACUUAAACUGUUCGACGACAUGAGGCGUGGUCUGAUUGAUGAGGGCAAGGCAACUCUUAGGAUGAAGCAGGAUAUGAAGAAUGAAAAUCCUAACAUGUAUGACCUCAUUGCAUAUCGCAUUAAGUUUACUCCUCACCCACAUGUUGGAGAUAAAUGGUGUAUAUAUCCUAGCUACGAUUACACGCAUUGCAUUGUUGAUGCUUUGGAGAACGUUACCCAUUCACUCUGCACAUUGGAGUUUGAAUCACGGAGGGCGUCGUAUUACUGGUUGUUGGAUUCUCUCGAUCUUUAUCUUCCAUACGUGUGGGAAUACGCUCGACUUAAUAUUACUAAUACCGUCAUGUCAAAACGGAAACUGAAUUGCCUUGUCACGGAUCACCAUGUUGAUGGAUGGGAUGAUUGCCGGCUGCCAACCCUUGCAGGCCUUCGCAGAAGAGGCUUCACUCCUGAUGCUAUUAAUGCCUUCUGUAGAGGCAUUGGCAUCACUCGUAGUGACAAUCUGAUCCAAAUGGAGUUGCUGGAACACUAUGUACGAGACGACAUGAAUAGAAAUGCUCCUCGAACUAUGGUGGUUCUGAAUCCACUUAAGGUUAUUAUAACAAACAUGAAAGAUGACGAAAUUGAAGAGUUAGAGGCAAAAAUCUGGCCCGAUGCCAGGGAAGGCAGUUAUAAGGUACCGUUCUCAAAAGUGUGUUACAUAGAGUCUUCUGAUUUUCGACUGGAAGACUCUAAAGACUACUAUGGGCUUGCACCAGGCAAAAGCGUGAUCCUUAGGUGGGCAUAUCCGGUCAAAUGCACAAAUGUAGUACUUGGGGAUGACAAGACAGUAUUGGAGAUUCAUGUUGAAUAUGACCGUGAAAAGCGCACCAAGCCGAAGGGUGUUAUUCACUGGGUGUCAGAGCCAUCUCCUGGUGUUGAACCUUUAAAGGUCGAGGUUCGGCAUUUCGACAAGCUUUUCAAAGCAGAGAAUCCGAAUGAACUUGAAGACUGGCUUGGUGAUUUCAAUACCAAUUCCAAAGAAGUGAUAUCUGGAGCUUAUGCAGUGCCGCCUUUGGCUAACUCGAAAGUAGGAGACAAGUUCCAGUUUGAACGUUUAGGUUACUAUUGCGUUGAUCGGGACAGCACUCCAGAGAAAGUCGUGUUUAACAGGACUGUGACACUGAGAGAUUCUUAUAAGCCUUCAAAACCUGCAGCGAAGAAAUAGUUUCAACCGAGAUGGACUUCAAUGAGAUUAGUGAAUGUUACAAUGGUGAAAUAUUUAGUCUUGAAAAUUUGAAGUCUGAUAAUGUUUGUAAAGCCUAUUCCAUUUUAAAGCAGAGGUUGCCCUGCUUUAAAAUGCACCUGUUGACUUUUAAAACAAAAUCAACAUCUUUGAAUCUCAUUACCGUUGAAUCAAACCCUAAAUUUAUGUUGUAA